UUCGCCCCUACUGCUGUUGCCUGCUGCUUCCACCAGCCGACAGCCGCCGCCGAACCCCGCCGCCGACCGCCGCCGUGCCCAGCCGCCCAGUUCGACGAUUUCGUUUCGCCGCUUUCUUCACGACACCCGCCGGAAACCACCACCAAUUUGCAAGAAUGAGUGAUAAUCGUACGUGGAUGUACGCGAGAUACAAUGAUCGUACUGCAUUUGAAACGGGGCUUGAGUUUUUCCUUGAGUGGGCGUUCAAUCAAACGGCGUACACAGAUGGACAAGGUAACAUUAGGUGCCCGUGUAAGAAGUGCAAGAAUCAAGCGUAUUUAGAUGUACCUACGGUCAGAAAACAUGUUAGUAGGCGUGGAUUUGUCCUGAAUUACAAAGUUUGGGUUUGUCACGGGGAAGCACCGCUGUAUAUGCCGAGAGAACAUGCUAUAAUGAAUGAGGAUGAUGGAUUAUACAAUAACUACGAAAGGAUGGUGCAUGACCAUGCUGGACCUAGUAAUUAUCAAGAUCCUCCAAAUCUGGAGCAGCCGCCCAAUAAUGACGCUCAACAGAUUUAUAACAUGUUGGAUGCAGCGGAUACUCCAUUGUACGCAGGAUGUGACACGUACACACAAUUAAGUUGGAUGACUCAAUUCAUGAGCAUAAAGACUGAAAGCCACAUGUCAGAGAGGACUUACAAUCAGAUGUCUUCGAUGAUGAAAGCUGCUUUACCAGAGGGUAACAACUGUCCAGAAGACUUCUAUAGUACGAAAAGAAAUCUACGUGGUUUGGGUUUGCCAGUAGAGAAGAUCGAUUGCUGUGUUAAUAACUGCAUGUUGUAUUGGGGGGAAACUAGUGAGCUACAUAGUUGUAUGUUCUGUGACCAAUCACGAUAUAAGGACAGCUUGCGUGCAUCUGGAAGUCGCAGAAAGAAACAAGUGCCCGCCAAACAGAUGCAUUAUUUUCCCUUGACGCCCCGAUUGCAGAGAUUGUUUGCAUCUCCUGCAACUGCUGAACAUAUGCGGUGGCAUGCGACCUCCACAGACGAUGGGAUAAUGCGCCACCCGGCCGACUCUCCGGCAUGGAAACAUUUGAAUUCAGUCUUUCCUGGAUUCGCCGAGGAGAUCAGAAAUGUGAGAUUGGGCCUCUCUACAGAUGGUUUUGCCCCAUUUGCACAAUCAGGGCGUCAAUAUUCUUCUUGGCCAGUUAUUGUCACGCCGUAUAACCUGCCUCCGUGGUUGUGCAUGAAAGAACAAUUCAUGUUCCUCACAGUCCUCGUGCCUGGCCCAUCAAACCCAAAGAUGAAGUUGGACGUAUUCUUACAGCCAUUGAUACACGAGUUAAAAUCUCUGUGGGAGGUUGGUGUGAACACUUACGAUAUAUCGUUGAAGCAAAAUUUCCAGAUGCGAGCAGCUCUGAUAUGGACUAUCAGUGAUUUUCCAGCGUACGCUAUGUUGUCUGGGUGGGGUACAGCUGGGAAAUUGGCAUGUCCACAUUGCAUGGAGAAUACAGAAGCAUUCACUUUGCCGAUGAGUGGAAAACAAUCGUGGUUUGAUAAUCAUCGGAAGUUCUUACCUCCUAACCAUGUGUUUAGGAGAAACAAAACUUCAUUCUUGAGGAAUAAGAUAUGCAAUGUUGGUCCACCAGAACAAAGAUCAGGAAUACAAAUCUUGAAUCAAAUCGAGGGGUUAGGCUUCGUGAAGGUUACAGAAGACUUCGAUGGCAGGAACGCUCAACUCGCCAAAUAUCAAGAUGUAGGGUGGAAAAAGAAAAGCAUAUUUUGGGAUCUACCCUAUUGGAGACAUCUUUUGAUUCGACAUAAUCUGGAUGUCAUGCACAUUGAGAAAAAUGUGUUUGAUAACGUGUUUAAUACUGUCCUGAAUGUGAAGGGGAAGACAAAAGAUACAGAAAAAUCUAGAGAAGAAUUGAACACCUUCUGCAAGCGGAAAGAGUUGAAGAAAGUGGAUGGAACUCGAGGGUAUCCGAAAGCAUGUUAUACGCUUGACAGGGAAGAGAAGAAGAUCUUACUUCAAUGGAUCAAGAGUCUUAAGUUUCCCGAUGGGUACGUGUCAAAUAUUAGUAGAUGCGUUGACAUGAACGCCCUGAAGAUGCACAACAUGAAAAGUCACGACUGUCACGUGUUCAUGCAAAUCCUUCUGCCUGUUGCAUUUAAAGAACUUCUUCCUAAGAAUGUUUGGGAGGCAAUUACAGAGUUAAGUUUCUUCUUCAGAGAAUUAACAUCCCGCAACAUGGCCAUAUAUGACAUGAGAAUAUUGAGUGAGAAGAUAGUUGUUACUCUUUGCAAACUUGAGCCUAGAAGCUUAGAGAAAGGAAAUUGUAGACAUUCAAGCAAGAAUUUGCCAACAUUAAAGAUAGAAAAGAAGCUUCUUGAGGUGUUUCCCCUUUUGUUCUGCUUUCCUCUCUCGUUGUUGUUUGGUUUUGCUGGUUCGCGUUGCUCUGGAUGUCGCCUCUACGCUGCUCUGGAGGUCCUCUGGAGCCCUACUCUGCUCUGGAAAACUCCUCUGCUCUGGAGACCUCCUCUGCUGUCGAGGCCUUCUCGGCCCGGGAAGUCUGCUCUACUCUGGAGGACACCUCUGCUCGGGAGGUGA